GCCGCCGUCAGUCAGUCAGUGUGCCCCGCACAGUCAUGCUGGCGCGACGUGCGUUCCCACCAUAACUAAACAUUCCAUUUUCAAAUAAAAAACGCGCAUAUUCCACACAUUUUUACGUAAACAGUGCAUUUAUCAUAGAAAAUCAUGUUUUUAUUACUAGUUUUAGCGUUAGUUGGGUCUAUUGCCCUGUGUUUUUUGCUAAUUGAUUCCCUAUGGAGUGUUUUGGAGCUUAUAUCUUCGUAUUUGAUGCCAUAUUUUCUGCCUGCUGAGGUGCAGCCGCUGUCCAAGAGAUUCGGACCUUGGGCUGUGGUGACAGGUGCUACAGAUGGCAUCGGCAAGCAGUAUGCGUUGGAGCUGGCUCGCCGUGGCAUCAACAUCGUCAUCAUCAGCCGUAACCCUGAGAAGCUGAAGAAUGUGGCCGCAGAAAUUGAGAAGCAGCACAGCGUGAAGACGAAGGUGGUGGUGGCUGACUUCAGCAGGGGCGCGGAAGUCUACCCUCACAUUGAGGAGGAACUCAAGGACAUACCUGUCGGAAUACUAGUCAACAACGUAGGCGUGAACUACGACUACCCCAUGCCUGUCUGCGAGACCAGCACCUCCAAGGUCUGGGAGCUGAUCAACGUAAACGUUGGUGCUGUCACCUCCAUGACCAGGAUGUUGCUGCCGGGCAUGGUGCAGCGAGGCAGCGGAGCCGUGGUCAACGUCUCCUCAGGGUCUGAGCUGCAGCCGCUGCCGUUGAUGACCAUUUAUGCUGCUACUAAGGCGUACGUCCGCAGCUUCACCCACGCAGUUCGCGAGGAGUACUCCACAAAAGGCAUCUACAUUCAGCACCUCGCCCCUCUGUUCGUGUCCACCAAGAUCAACGCCUUCUCCCAGAGGCUGAUGGACGGCAAUAUCUUGGUGCCCGACGUGGCGACAUAUGCAAGACAUGCCGUGUCUACGCUUGGGAGGCAGCAUAAUACUACGGGUUAUUGGCUGCAUGGGAUACAGUACACCUUCAUAAAAGUGGCACCUGUAUGGCUGAGGACCAGAAUUGGAUUGCACAUGAACGAACAGUUCCGACAGGAGUACCUCAGGAACGCCAAAAUCAAGUCCAACUGAGGGUCUAGAAGCCAAGUCAGGGAAUAAUGUUCCAUUUUACAUCGCCAUCAUUCAGUACGGGAAUUAGAGUAAAGUGUCUGGACUCGAAACAUCUCAGCACACGCAGAAAUUUUGUUUUGAAUAGAUGUGAAUUUUAACUUGUGAUAUUGUUUAAUUAAUGUACUUUUUAUGGAUGUAAAUAAAGUCUUAAUUACAAA